AUGGCUCUUAAAUGGAUUAUGAGAUACUUACAAGGAACUAGAUUAGCAGGAAUUGUUUUUAAGAAAAACCACAGUUGUGAUGAGUGUGUUGAGGGUUACUGUGAUGCAGAUUAUUCAGGAGACUUAGAUAAAAGGAAGUCUACAUCUAGGUUUGUUUUUACUUUGUGGGGAAACACUGUCAGUUGGAAAUCAAAAUUGCAGCAUAUGGUUACCCUGUCUUCAACUGAGUUAGAAUAUGUUGCAUUGACUGAGGUAGCAAAGGAAGCCACCUGGUUGAAAGGUCUGAUCAAUGAGUUAGGUAUUAAGCAAUAG